AUGAAGGCAUGGAUGCUAUGCUUGCUAGUGAUUUGUGCCGCCGUGAUUGCGGAACCCGUGGAGGGUCGUAACAAUUACAUAGAUUACGGUGCCCUCAACCCGUGCCACGGUCCCAAUCCUCCUCCAGGAUGCAAUCCUCCGGGCUCCUACAUUUGCCCCGCAUUAAUAAGUAUCACCGUGGCUGCACUAAAACUCAUCGUUGUCACAGAGAGUUAA